AUAUGCGGCGGUGAUGUGUGCAAUCCCGAAAUUGCGACAUCAUGUCCGGAUCCAGAAAUCUGCGAGAAAACCCCUUAUGGAAAUUGGCGCUGUUCUUGCCCGGCUGAUCUUGGAUGGAGAGAUCCACAUACUGGAGCUUGUAAAAUUGGCACGCGUCCAGCACCAACGUCAGAAUCGCAUGAUGAAUGCAACCCAGCGCAACAGAAUACCUGUGGACCCAAUGCAAAAUGUAUUCGUGGACCUGAGGGAGAGUUUAUCUGCCAAUGCAUGGCUAUGUGCGAAACGCCAAGUCCGACAAAUGCCAACCACCUGGAACUUGUGACCCAUCUAUCCCCAAUUCCUGCGAUGCUAGGAAAAAGGAGGUCUGCUUGCGAGGGGCCAAUUCAAAAAAUAAAAAGUUCUCCAGAAAUGUUUAAUUCUUUGAAUAAUCGAUUGUAUGUUUUAGUGAUCGAUGAAUGCUCAGCCGGAACGCAUGAUUGUGAUGUGAAUGCUAGAUGUACUGAUACAGAUGAAUCGUUCAUCUGUACUUGUAACCCUGGAUUUUUGGACAAAUCUCCGGAUCAGACGAGAAAACCAGGACGAGUCUGCACGCAACUUCGCAAUGAAUGCCUUGAGAAUCGCCACAACUGCUCGGUAAAUGCCGACUGCAUUGACCUUGCUGAUGGAUUCCUCUGCAGGUGUAAAGAAGGAUUUGUGGAUGUAUCGCCAAAUAUCAAAGUUUUUGCUGGAUUAGAAUGUCGUGCAUUAGUUGAUGAAUGCGCAUCGAAGACUCUGAACACAUGCCAUGAGCAUGCGAUUUGCAUUGACACUCGCGAUGCAUACAAAUGCCAAUGUAAGGAGGGCUACGUUGAUCAUGAUGAGCUGAGAAAUCCAGGAAGAGACUGCAGAAAAAUAAACCAACUCUGCGAAUCUGGUCGUCAUGAUUGUGACAAGAACGCCCAGUGUAUCGAACGUGGAACCAACGACUACGAAUGCGUUUGUAAACCAGGAUUCCUGGAUCGAAGCCCGCUACCUCAUAGACCUGGUGGGUUUAUAAAUGUGCUGUUCAUAAAUUUGAACUUGAGACCUUACAUCUUGUUUGAACUUAGUUUUCACUCAUCUCCCUAUAAAAUUGUUGCAUUGAAAAUUUGAUU